UUCCGUGCCGUGCAACUUGGCCAGCAAUGCUGCGCAUCACUCAACUUUCCGGGGAGUUACCUGCCUUUCACGGAGCUGAGCGACGUCCGGGAAGUGAAGCAGCGACUGCAUCAGCAGCACGGCCUGCCGCCACGUUUCAGGCAAAGGCUUCUUCAGGGUGGCAACAUUUUGGACGAUGCCGUCAAGCUGGAUACACCGAUGGAUCUGCAGGUCUUGAUAGUGCCUUUCCCCGAAAGUCGCUUGGAUGACCAGUCUUCCAUCGAGCUAUGCGAAGCGGCAGCCCGUGGCCAGCUGGCCGAGGUCGAAACUUUGUUGCAGCUCCCGGUGGACCCAGAUGCUUCGAUGCCAUUGAUGAGCAUCCAAAAUUCCAAAGGGGCUGUAUUGGAGAUCAGUCGUGGCGUCCCUGCGCUGGUCGCCGGGGCACGGGGGGGUCAUGCUCAAGUUGUGGAGUUGCUCGUGGAGGCCGGUGCUCGGAAGGAUCUCUGCGACCGUGAGGGCAAGACAGCACUCAUGUGUGCAGCAUGGUGCGGUCAUGAUCGAGCGGUGCAACUGCUGCUGAAGGCAGGUGCUGAAAGGGACAUGCGUGACAACUGGGGCAGUACGGCACUGAUCUACGCAGCAGAGGAGGGUCAUGCUCCCAUCGUUCGGUUGCUCCUCAAGGCCAGCGCUCAAACUGAUCUGUGCAACAAGAACGGCGAGACAGCGCUGACGAUGUCCUCAAUGCACAGUCAUGCUGAAGUCGUACGAUUGCUCCUCGCCAAGAACCCCUGUUUGGCAUCGAGAGCCGCACAUGACGACCAAGGAUGGUGUCUCACGACUUAG